CUCGGCUUAUGUCGUGGUUUUUCCCAGUCAGCUGUCAAAGGCGUUGAUUUUCUAGUUGAGUGGAAAUGUAACAAGAUCAAUGGAAAAUACUCGUUUUUGCUGGUUCCAACAGCUUACACAUGUCUGUGACGAGCGUUUCCUAAUCGUGACAGACCCGUAGGAGGUGGAAACGGUUGCCGAAUAGCUGUAACCACUACUAAAAAGUACAAAUGUCUGCCAUCCGUCAAUGUGACGAUUGCCGUUACUACCGCUACUGCCUCCGUCAUCCACAUGGCCAAAGCCAGUUUGCCAUAGUAUUGUAGCACACACAUACACACACAUUCCACAAAACAGCACAAUUUAUGACACCGAGUCCGUUCGUUCAUCACCACGCUACAAUUCUCUUGUCCAGUAGUUCUGGGAAAAAGCGACAACCGAUCGCUUUUAUUUUGACCGUUUAACACCAUAAAGCGAUAUUUUCCCGAGCACAAAAUGGUUCUCGAUACGGUACGAAAUGGCGAUAGUACGACGACAGUGGUGGCUGCCUUGCGCGGUUCCUCCAACAGUGGUGCCGGUGGGCCGGCGUUGGCGAGGCCAACCUCACUGCAACCGCCCGAGAAAGAGCCGGUGAACUUUCAAAUCAAUCUGAUUGGCGCUCCGCCAGAAGUGGAGCAACUGAUCGAACACAUCAAAUCGGUUGCCGAGCAGUUUCUAUAUCACUGGAAAACAUUUCCCAUCAAUUUACCUACCCCGCUCUCGAACAGUCCCGGAGGAGGAGUCGGUAAUGGUGGUGCAGGAACAGUUACCACAGGAGGGGCAGGAGGAGGACAGAGCGUUACCUCACUUUCGGUGGCCGGAAGUGGUGGUGGAAGCAAUGCGAACAUUCACAGCACAGUCGUUGCAACUGGAACACGCAAAACUCGACCAAUCAACCUGCGCGAUUUAUUCAUCGCACCUCCGUUCGAUGAGCUGGAUGCGGUCGCUGCUGAUGGUUCCGGUGAGCCACGAUUGCUGACCAACGCUCAGCUGCGAUCGUUACGUGAACGUGGGGAGUUUGAGGUACCGAGCUUGAACUUUCCCGGCCAGGUUCAUCGAUGGCAACUGUCACAAUUUCUGCAGAAAGGUUCGGAACGAACGCGGGACUCACUGCUUAGCGAUCUGGCACUCUCCGCACGCUUUAUCGUUAUCACUGCCAAGGAACGGUUGACCGGCCAUUUCUUCUCCGUUGCCCAUGCCUUUCGAGCAUUGCUGCAGGGAUUCAUCAAACUGAUGGACAUGAUUGUCGGUGUUCCCUCGCUGCUAGCGCAUAAUUUAGAUAACAAAAUUAAGGAAGAACGUUGUCGGUUUUUGGUAGCUGAACUAGUUUGUAGGAGCGAAUAUGAAGACUGCCUAGACUCGUUGUGUAGCUAUGUGCGCCAUCAAUUACGCCGUGCCACGAUGGAAAAGUUUGACGUGAACUGCAACCAGGCGCAACCGAUCCCUUACCUGUACGUCACACCCAAAGGGCAGGACAUCGAUUUGCGUCUCUUUUCGAAGGAUACCAUGCGACGAGCGUUACCGAUACUGGUGGGCAUCCUGGAGAAGGAAACGCGCGGCUGGUUUCUACACUUUCGCGAACGGCUCAUUGCUGAGCUGCGUGAACGAAAAAUGACCGAUGCCGAAAUUGAGGAGGAAGUGAAUGAUGCCGUUAUGAAGGAAUAUCUGCAGCGCGUCUACACGUCUAUUCUGUCAAACGGGGAGCUCGCCGAACUGGGUGAAAACAUACCACAGCUGCUGGUGCAACAGGCGCAAUCGGUGGUCAUAAUGCACAAAGCUGUGGAUAAAAUACAGAAAGAGUUGAAGAAAUCGCGCGAAGAAAUGGAGCAAACGCUGCAGGAACAGCAUCCUGUACUGUCGCGCGUCUUUCCCUGGCUGCGAGCAAAAUUGAAUGCCGGCGAGCAGGCGAAGCUGUCGAAAAUUACAUGGGGAGCGCACGAGGAAGCAUUGCGCGCGGCACAGCGGCUCAACCUACACCAGACGGUGUACUUCCUCAACCGAGACUUGGCGUUCAUGAAGGAGCGCGAACCAGUGCUGCUGAAGGAGCUGAAAAAUGCCAAAACUCCUACCCGCAAUUUCCAGUGGGCGUGUCGUAUCUGGUCCCCCAAGUCGUGGAUCAUUCGCCGCAGCUUCCAGGGCCACUCGGAGGUGAUACCGACGGUCAUCUGCCAACAGGCAACAUCGAUCGUAACGCCUCGCUCGGACCCAAGUCAGCCCGUGUUUCUGGUCGAGAAAGAGUUGAUUCGUUCGACCAGCACGCGCUGGCCAAUGUGGCGGCUGCUGAAUUUGUUUCAACGCACCUGGACGUGGACCUGGAAUAUUAUGUUUCUGCUCGGUGUCAUCGUGCCAUGGUGCAGCCCGCUCGGUUUGCGUGCCCUGUUCUGCAAAAAACCGUUCAUGGCCGAUCUGGAGCUGUCCCAGGUAAACGGUACACUGUUUCCGCGGAAAACCAGCAUCACUCAGACGAUGGUUUCGCGACUGAUGGAACUGUGGCGUCACAUUUCGAAGGCGCGAACACACUUCGAAACCGAACCGGACACGGGUUUCAUCGGGAAGGGCAUGACGCGCCAUUUGAAUCGCCUCUACAACUACUUCAUAAAGGGCUUUCUCGGUACGCUGGUCAUUCUGGUGCUGUUUCCCUUGCUGUGUUUUGCCGUGAGCGCGUCGAGCCUUGCGCUAGCCGUCACAGCCCCGCUCUGGAUGCCGUUCAUAACGGUGACGUUGCAUCUGUACAUGAUGCUGAUCUACGAUUUGGACUGUCCCGACGAGAGUCGCCGUAAUCGGUACUGUAUUUUUCUUGAAGCGGUUGGCUGGAACAUUGGAGUCCAGGGUUUGCUGCAACCGCUGGCAGCUGUACUUGUGGCGUCCGUCAUUUGUCCACUAAUUGCGGUUCUAGUGUUCUUCGUCGGCAUCGUGCGGUACUGGGUGCGAUUGUUUUGGGAUGCUGCUACCUUUCAUCUGUUCAUUAAAAAGUGCGGACGGGUGCCAGCUAGCGACAGUUUUGCAGUUCGCCGGAUAGCGGGUCCCGGGUUGGCGUUGGAUUAUUAUUUCUCCAUUAAACCCGAGCAGGCACUGGCCGCGUUCGAGGCAAAGAUGGAGCUAGAUGAGCUACAGGCAUAUCAACACUCCAUGGAGACCAUCAUCUGCCAACCGCAGAAGGACUUUAGUCAGUUUGUGGAAGCCUGUUUUGGACCGUUCUCAGCACAGCUGUCGAAAAGCGUCGGGCCGUACCGUCAGCUGGAGCGCGAGGGCCAAGAUCUGAUGACGUCACUGCACGAAAAGCUGGAAAAGAGGCGACGUGACCUGCAGACCGGGCUGACGACUGCGGUGAAAUCGCGCAUCAAACUCAACACGAUGGAACUGAAGAUUGUCAUACAGCAGUCGGCGUACAUGCUCGAGAAGUUCUACCCCUCGCACGUGAUUGCCCGACUGUCGAUCAGCGAGGAGGAGUUCUGGGAUGCAAAGGGCCUGUCGGUGGGAGACUGGGCCGGGCUGGCCGGUAUGCUGUAUGCUGACAUUUUCAGCCUAGACUUUUUGACGCCGCUUUCCGACACCGAUACGCAGUUCAAGUUGGAACCGCACGCCCAGCUAGAUUUGAAUCGGUACAACGAGAUGGUUCAAAAUACCAGCGACAUCAUGGGCAUUAAUGGGCCAGACUUGCUGGGCAAUGUUUAUGCACCGCGGGGAAACAUUCAGGUCCAUUCGCCGUACUUGGAAGUGUCUGCGUUCAACCCACGGUCGCGGGUUAUGAUCAAUUCACGACGAGCGGAAAAACGCAACGACACGACGUCUUCCGGAUUGACAACGCCCCGAGUUCGAGCACGUCGUUCGCCGAUGCCGUCGCCGAAGCAGAAAACACAAAGCUGGAAACCGUGGAAGCGAAAACAGCAGCCCAAGCAUGCAUCGGACAAGAUGCUAAUUCCGUUGCCCAUCCCGCACCCGGUGCACAUUGCCAUAUCAAUCUACAAUCGUGACUCGGACCAACCGAUCCCGAUUGAGUCGGAACUGUGCUGGGAGAUACUGCGCUCGAUCGAAGAGUGCCAGGGAGAUCAAGAAGCAAUCGUACGCUUCCGGGAGCUGGGUGAUCGUAUCGAUGGACACCACCACCACCACCAUCACCACCACAACCAUCCGCACCACUCGUCGGUGGGUAUCAGUGUGGACGGGUUGGCCGCCAUCGACAGCAGUAUUGACUCGCUCGACUCGCAGAACUCGUCCAACUCGGGGACCAAGGACAGUAUGGACAUGAUAGCGGGCGCCACGGAAACGUUACCGUGCACGAACCGCGAGGUAACGAUCAUGAUGCCGUCGCAGGUGCUCGGCGUGGAUGACGAAGACGACAUCGCGCUGGAUAGUCGGGGCCGUGGUGAGGUUGGCAGCGACAUGAACCAACACGGCACCACCACCAACACGACCGUUGUCAUCAUGCCAUCGGCAAACGGUUCCGGCAGUGUGACGACAGCGACAGUAGCUACGGGAGGCGCCGGCGGUGCUUUAACACCCUCGUCUACCAACGCAGCUCCGACCCACUUCCACUGGACGCUUCGUAACUGGGGCGGUGGAAAUGGGCAAUCGGGAGGGCAAGGAAAUCGGCGGCGCAACACUAGCUACACGUAUAGCAGCGCUACCACUACCAGUGGAGGCGCCGGGCAGCUGAACAGUAGCAGUGCCACAAAUUCGGCCAACGACAGUCAACUGGAACAGAUCCGAGUGGAUCUGGCCAGCCCCGAGGAUAUUUCGCUCGAUACGGAUAGCUCUCGAGCAAUGUUUACUGCUGCGUAUGGUACAUCCGUUUAGGCAAGCGGCGAAUGUGUUGUUGACGGGGGAUUCCGGGGGCGGCUUGUCUUGCAGCGAUGCCGUAGCAAGGGAACGUUGCACAAACUCCAGCCCUUUACACAGAAUAAGAAUGUAUGGGGGGCGCACGGUACGUAAAUGCGUUUGCCAUUUACGUUAUAUUUUUGAUUCGUUUUUAAAUUAGCUUACAACCACCAUCAAAGCUCACUAUAACUCAAGUGUGUUGAUUAUCGCACCCAGUGUCGAUGAAGGUAUAGGCGGGGCGGAUUAUUAUUUUUGUCUCAUUUUAACUACCUUUAAGUGUGUCUACUAGUCGCCAUUAAUUUACGUUCAUUCGUUUGCUUUUGUUACGUUGUGAUUUGUUUUAUCCGCGGUUAAUGUUAUCGAAUGAUUUGCGAGUUGGGUGUACCGAAUCGAUGCAGUCAGUUAUCAGUUAAAGAUGUAUCGCUAGCUUUUCGGUUGGUGUUUGGAACUCGUUUUGCUUCACCACCGUUCAAAACACCGGCCGUGCAUAAGCAGCUUGUGUCACUAGUAAUAAUCACUCGUCGGAAAACUGCAGUACGACUGCAUCCGUUUAAGAAUGAAGGGGGGUCUACAUCCGUUGCAUCGAUGCAGCUAGAUCGAGCACUAGCACCGUGAGUACGACGUCACAUACCGAAGGAGAGGAAACGCCAGGAGAGGGUAGAGAUUUAGAUAAAUGGAUAUAUUUUUCACACUAUUUUCCACUCUUCCCUGCUCUUUCGCCUCAGCUUUCUAGUGUUAAUCGUACAUAUAUACCAAAUUAAAAUACACUACUCCCCCUAACCCGGUAGCAGGAGGUCCCAUCCCGCAACGUACGGAAAUUAUUGCCUGAUGUGCAGACAGGCGGAGUGUAUUAUUUGUAUAGCGAGUCCUGCAGAAUGGCUUUGCACACUUACUUACGUUACAUGCCAAGGAACCAAUCAUAAGUGAACUAACCCUAUGUAUAGCGAAAAACCAAACACAGGUCGACAAAGAUACUAGUAAUCGCAUAACGGAGAUUGUUGCAUUUAACCGUUGGCAGUCUUCUAGUAGUAGUAUUGCGCUGCUUCCGCUCCAUUGCGGUAUGCGCUGGGCUCUCUAGUUUUUGAAUAAUUCCAUUUAUAAACGGCCGAGCGUUUGGCUGCUACAGUUCUUCUAAACAUUAAGCUAUGUUUUUUUCCGUUUUACACAUACCAGGGCAAACGCAAAGCACAAUAGCCAACAAACAAAGCAUAACUAUGAUAGUUGAUGGUAGCGCUCGGAACAGGGUAAACAUCCCGACCAAAGGGCCCCUGGUUUCCGACCACAGACCACAGUAAUACAGUAAUUAAUGCUCUCUGUACAUCUAUAUGAUCUGUUUAGUUAAACGAAUUAAUGCAUAUAUUCCAUUUCCUUGUGAUAUACUUUGAACAUCUUUGGAUCAUUCCAAAACCUCUUUUAUCUCAACUUUCGUUGCUGUCGAAGUUGCAUUUUUCUCUUUCAAUGCAAUGGACCGUAUCACUGAUUCCGAAUCGCGUUAUAGCAUUAAAGCAUAUUUUAUUCAUACCAAAGAAAUCUCAAACUCCGAAAUGUUAGCUCGUGUCUUUGGUUUGGUUUUUGUUGGUUACAUAGAAAAAUGUAGCAACAGAGAGAAACCGAUCUGCAGCUUCCUAAAACACGAUAAACGAUCACAAGAACAAAGAUCCUCGAAAGAGCUCUCUAUCUAUAUCACGCUCUCUUUCGCUCUUUUCCUUACCUAAUCGAUUGUCGAUGUGAGUUAAGUAAUUUCGUGUACUAAAUUAUUUACACCAGUACAUUUUUUUAUGUUAACCUAAAGCGCCAAGCAAAUGUUUCUUGUAUCGUUGUAUAAUUUUAACACCAUAUUUUUGCGUUUUUAUUACCCCUAACUUCCCACUGUUUUGUGUGUACAUAUAAUCGAUCGUGAUUCUAGCCAAAUGCGCUAAGAAGAUCCUCUGCACUGCGGUUAAAUAAUUUCAGGCAUUACAAGUAGUGGAUCCGUAUUAGAUUGUUAAGGUUUAACACAAGAAAAGCAAAACUAUGUAACAAACAACUGCAAAAAAAGCUGAAUACACAGCACACACUGUGAGUUAGGCACGAAAUGUGGUAUUAGCACCAUGGUUUGGGCGGGGAAAUCGUUGGCAGUUAAAGGGUAGUGAAUCGAUAUUGGAAAACAAAUUGACAAAAAAGGCACACACACACACACACACGCUGUAUGUGUGCAGGUGUGGUAUCAAUUCAUUCGUGCUAUUACAAUCAAGGACCUGUUUCGAGAGCAAAAAGGAACAAUUUAAAUUAGAAACACUAGCAAGAGGAUGGAUGAAAACAACUACCAUAAAUAUAAUGAAAUGAUUGAACAAGUA